AUGUCAUCUUUGAAAGAGUUCAACGUGAGCGAAGUGGCAGCUCAUAAUUCCAAAACGGAUUUGUUUGUCAUAAUUCAUGGAAAAGUCUACGACAUUACAAACUACGUACGAGACCACCCAGGUGGUGCGGACGUCCUGGUAGAUGUCGCCGGCGGAGAUGCGACAGCGGCUUAUGAAGAUGUCGGUCACUCUGAAGAUGCAAACGAGAUCCUCGGAACAUACCUAGUCGGAACUGUCAAAGAUGCGCAAGAAUUCGUUCAACGGAAGAGCGUCCGCGUAAUCCAGCAAAGCUCCAGCGCAGCCACGCCUAAGAAAUCAUCAUCAGCCACAAAAGCAGUCACAGCACUUGCUGCCACACUCACUGCCACUGCAGUGAUCUACAUUUCCACCAAGGAUCAUUCCGCUCUUCGCAACUUGGCCACAAACUAUCCCCCGGCUUCUUGGAGAAUUACCAACACUCGUAUCCCAUGCCCAAGUUUCUUCCGUGGUGGAUUUUCGAGUGGAUUUGCUGCUGCUACUCUGGCAUGUGCAACUGUCGGUGGCAUGAUUGGAAGAAAACUCUCGAACUUCACCAAAAUCGAUUCUGGUUUCGAGAAAUACCAUCCACACAUCAAAGCCUCUUCCGUGAAAAAGCAAAAUCCGCAUCUCACAAAAGGCUUCCUCGAGCCAAAGAACUACAAAAAGCUCCCGCUGGUCAAAAAGGACCAGUUGUCGUCCAACGUAUUUCGUUUCGUCUUCGAACUUCCUAGUUCACGAGAUGUGAUUGGACUCCCUAUCGGCCAGCAUGUUGCUAUCAAAGCCAUGGUCAACGGCGCCGCUGUCUCGAGGUCCUACACACCGACAUCCAACAAUCUAGAUCUUGGAAGACUGGAGUUGGUCAUCAAAUGCUAUCCGGAUGGUCUUCUCACUGGACAAUAUCUUGCGGCCCUUGAAGUCGGCGACAAGGUGGAGUUUCGAGGACCGAAGGGUGGAAUGAAGUAUCACAAUGGUCUUUGCAAGAAGAUCGGCAUGAUCGCAGGUGGUACCGGAAUCACUCCAAUGUAUCAACUCAUCCGAGCAAUUUGCGAGGACGAUCGGGAUACGACCGAGAUCAGUCUGAUCUACGCCAACAGAUCCGAAGAGGAUAUUCUUCUUCGUCGCGAAUUAGAGACCUUUGCUCGGGCUUAUCCUAAGAAUUUCAAGCUCUGGUACAUGCUGGACCAUCCAUCUGAAGACUGGGCUUACGGCAAAGGAUAUGUCACGCCUGAAGUCAUGGCUGCAAGACUCCCGGCAGCAGCACCUGAUACGAAGAUCAUGCUCUGUGGGCCGCCGGGUAUGGUGAAUGCUUCGAAAAAGGGCUUGGUAGCAGCUGGAUUUGAAGCUCCUGGUGCAGUUGCAAAGAUGUCAGAUCAGAUCUUUUGCUUCUAA